AUGGAUUCAACGAUACUAUUUGGUGGAAAAGUUGUAGUUCUUGGAGGUGACUUCAGGCAGACAUUACCGUUAGUUCGGAACGGAAAAAAGGAAGAUUUCAUUAAUGAAAGUUUACUAUAUUCUCAUAUUUGGGAAGAACUUGAAAGGCUGCGGCUAUUCGAAAAUAUGAGAGCGAAAGAUGAUCCUUCAUCCUGUAAUUAUUUGUUGCAAAUAGGAAACGGAGAAGAAAAAGUAAACUCAACAAACAAGAUUGAAAUUCCAACUUCUUUGAUCAUUCCUUAUACAACUGAAAAGGAAUCUUUGGAUAAAUUAUUCGCGAUAACUUAUCCAGACGUGCAUAAAUUUUUUUCCUCCUCAUGCUACACAAGUUCCCGCGUUAUCUUAACAACUAAGAAUGAUUUUGUCGACGAUAUCAGCGACAUGCUUGUUGCUCGCUUCCCAGAAGAAUCAAAAACUUUUAUUGGUAUUGAUGAAACUACUGAACAUCAUGAUCAAUCACAAUUUGAGGAUCUGUUGCACAGUUUAAAUCCACCUGGUCUGCCUCCUUACAAAUUGACAUUGAAACAAAAUUAUCCAAUUAUAUUAUUACGCAAUUUAAAUCCAUGUGAUGGUUUAUGCAAUGGAACACGUUUGACUUGCUGUGAUUUUAAGUCGCAUGUUAUUAGCGCCAAUAUUUCAGUUGGUCACUUUAAGAAUACACAUGUGUUUAUCCCCAGAAUACCACUAUUAUCAUCCCAAGAUGAAAAAAUGUCUAUUCCAUUUAAAAGGACACAAUUUCCUGUAAGACUUUGUUUUGCAAUGACUAUAAAUAAAGCGCAAGGUCAAACAUUAGAUUUUGUUGGAGUUUAUUUGCGAGAACUUGUGUUUUCGCACGGUCAACUUUAUGUGGCUUUGUCCAGAGCAAAGAGUUCGAACUGCGUGAAAGUGCUAAUCCGACCGACUAUACCAGGUAGCGCGGACGAUCACUACACAGAUAACAUUAUUUACAAAGAAAUCAUCCAAAAAGCUACUUUAUAG